GGUAACGGUCAGUGCAUUGGAUAUGAUGUGUGCAACUGCAACUCUGCAUGGUCAGGUCCAGCGUGCAGCAUCCCUGAUUGUAGUGGAGUUAAGAACUGUUCUGGACAAGGAGACUGUAUUCUUGUGAACAAGUGCGCCUGUUAUCCAGCCUUCGAUGGCGAGUACUGCGAUCAAAAGGCGAAACCAAACAUCAACCCACCCAGUUUUAGUCAAGAGCUUUAUAACGCGACCAUUAAGGAAAACGCUCCCCCUGGAACACUGAUUUUGCAUGUUCACGCUAAUGACACGGAUGAAGGCAGAAAUGGAGAGAUAUUUUAUUCGCUUCCUGGCGAAAAAAGCGUUGAGGACCUUGUUGCUGUUGACGGAGCAAGUGGAAAAGUUUUUAAUCUGUUAACGUUUGAUUUUGAGACUGUGGAACCCCAUAUAUUCAAUGUGACGCUUUUGGCCUCGGACAAUGGCUUCCCACAGAAAUCGAGCGUCACCAUUGUGCAGGUAACGGUAAUGGACGAAAACGACAAUUGUCCGAUAUUUGUCGAGCCAUCAGGAAACCUUCGGCUUGAUGUCGUUGACUUAAAACCGGGAAGUAUUCUUACUAAAGUUUCGGCCACAGAUCUGGACAAUGGCUCGAACGGUGACAUAUCGUACAGCCUAUCAAAUAAUGAUGUCUUCAACAUUGAUCCGACAACUGGUUUGAUCAAGGUAACUUCUAAUCCAACGAGGGAGGAAUAUUACCUAUUGGUUGGUGCAGCUGACAAGGGUGAAAGAUCCUGCUUGACGGAAAUACAGUUGACAGUUAGGGUUGUCAAUUCAGCCACAAUGACACCGCUGACCAAUCAAAAAUCACCACCCUCGUCGAUUUCAUCUGAGGUAGCCAAUACCUACAGUACCUCUGAGGUCUCAUCAAUGAAGCACACUGGUGAAUAUGAUAUUUAGCACUUUACUGAAAUUUAGAUAGCUAUCUGGAACUCGUUAUUUUACAAAAUGCCUCACAGCAGAAGAUUUCAGAAUAUUCUCAGCCCACAAUAAACACCCUGAGAGAUCAUGAUGCUAAACUGUGAUAGAAACUCUAUUUGUGACUUUCCGACACCAACAAAAAAAAUUCUUUACUGACUGUGGAAAGAGGAAAAAAAAGAAUCCUUCUUGCUCUUUUAAUGCUUGUAGGUUUCUAACAUUUUGUGAGGAAAAUUUGAGCAGAAUAUGAGCAAAAAGAAAAAAGCCUACAUAUUGACCUAACUUGUUGGCAUAGGUUCUGAUGCUGUAUAAAUAAUGUGCGCAAAUAAUUUUGGGGGUAUAUAGAUUUGUCCGGGUAGUAAAGGAGUUUUAGAGGGUCACAAUGGAGUGAAGGCGUUUACGGUUAAUCAAAGGUUUAUAUUUUGGCUUUUCCAUGGCCAAUGGAUAAUUUAUCUUCGUUACGGUUAUCAGACACCUGAAAAGAAAAAAUCCAUAACUUGCAAGUCGUUAAGGCCUCUAAGGAAUUCUCAGGGAUGAAAAAAAAAAAGGAUAAAAUAGCUGUAUCAGGCACGAGAUAAGACGCGAAAAGUAGUAACAAGUAAUAUUGACACUCUCUACAUGAAAACUGUUUUUGGUAGCAGUUUUUUUCACGCGGUCAACAUUUUUUUACGACUAACGACUAAAGUUUUCGGCUGUUUUACGACUAAUGGUUACUCCUUUUGUUUUAUAUAUGGUGGAAAUCAGCAUAUAGCACCCUAAGUAAGGACUAGGAGUUAUGAUAACUUUUCACAUCAUAGUUCUUCUUCUCUAUACAGGCACCGACUCGACACCUGGUUCGUCGACCAUACCAAGGGAAGCCGCAUUGGUGCCCCAGAAAGGUCCAAAUUAUGUCAUCAUCGGCGUGUCUGCUUCUGGAGGGUUGCUUGUUUUAGUGAUCGUGGCACUUUUGUUGAAGAAGUGUGUUUGUAAGAACAGUCGUCCGGCAGCCGUCCGAUCUUCGGGAGGUGGUCGAGUGAAUAAAAGCUUCCAGCGUGAUUUUGAGAUGUCCGAGAUUUCUGGGAGGAUUUAA